UUGUGUCUUUCUAAUUCAAAGAUUAGAUUACUACCAAUGGAGAAUCAUCUGUUUCCUAAGAUGGAAACUUUCUUGCCUUCUUGUUUUCAACAAACUGGAACACAAGUUGUCGAAAAUCCCAACAUCUGGAAUGAUCUUGACGAGCUAAGCUGUCAUGGUGGUUCAAGAUCUUCAUCUUCAUCAGUAUCGUCAUCAUCUUCAUCAUCAUCGCCCCUGAAAAGAUUGCUUUUGACCUCAGAUGGGCUUACUUGUUCAAAUGAUCCAACAUUUCCACUAAAUUUUCUUCAAACUCUCUCACAAGCUUCUGAGCCAUCUUCUACUCCUUCAUUAACCAACACCUCAAGAUUCCCGAACCUAAGCCUGCUUUUGAAUGAACCCAAAUUUGCAACCAGUUUGCAGCCAGGGACAGGUUGGCUAGGAAUCAACCAAAACUUGGCUAACCACCCUUCUAAGGGUUUUUCUGGUGACUACUGGUUGAAAACUAGCAAGACUCAGCCAAUGAAGUAUACAGGGAGACGGGGUCCUGAUACUACCUUCAAAAGGACUUCCUUUUCGACAUCAGUUUGUUCACCAGCAAAACUGUUUAGAGGGGUACGGCAAAGGCAUUGGGGAAAAUGGGUAGCAGAAAUCCGGUUACCAAGAAAUCGUACAAGGGUUUGGCUUGGGACGUUUGAAACAGCAGAAGAAGCUGCUUUUGCAUAUGAUACAGCUGCUUAUCUGCUAAGGGGUGAUUAUGCACACUUAAACUUCCCGAAUCUGAAGAACCAACUAAAGGCCAAUUCAAUAAACCGAAAUACCGCAGCUCUUCUUGAAGCAAAGUUGCAAGCUUUAUCUCAGGGGAUGUCAUCCGAAGGUAAUAAUAAUAAGAAGGGUAAUGAUCUAUCAUCACCAUUGCCGGAAAUGGCUUUAUCAGAAACCUCAAUGGUCGGAAACUAUACAGAUUAUGAAUCAAACAACAAAAGCAGAUCGGAGGUAAGCAAUGGAAUAAGCAAGAAACCCGUAGAAGCAGGGCCUCCAUCAGAUUUUGUGGAAGGGGUUCAGUUGAGUAGAAUGCCAUCUUUGGACAUGGAUAUGAUCUGGGAUGCUCUUCUUGUUUCUGAUUCAUGACUACAUAUGCUCAUAGUCUGUUCUUUUCUUCAUUUUAUAUGAUGUUUUUGCUCCUUAUGGCACAAAUGAAAACGAUCUUAUUUUCCCCUCCUUUUUCUUUUAUUGGAAGGCCCAUUAUUUUUCAUCUUCUCUUCCAAGAGUAUUGUUGCAUUUAUUUUCUCUUUUAAGUACCUUUAUUAAUUAAGAUUUCAAGUUUUGGUUUUGGUAGGUU